AACCAAAACAGGAACUACCCCAUUUUGAUUGCAAUUUAAAAUUAUUUUUACAAUACAUUAAAAUACACAUGGUUGACAUAAUUAUCGACAAAUUAUUAUAAUUUAUCGUACGCGACAUUAAGAAAGUAAAUUCAAUCAUCUUGACUUUAACGAAGUCGGUGCUUAACUUGCUUGCUGCAGAUCUGUGAUGGACGACAGCAUGGCGCAAGAAGGCGACUGCCUUGGCAACGAAGCGGGGAUGCUGUACGGAGAGUACCUGAUGCUGGACAAGCUUCUGUCAGCGCAGAGGAUGCUGAGUGCCCAGUCCUCCAAACCAGUUCACGAUGAGCAUCUGUUUAUAGUCACACAUCAGGCAUACGAGCUAUGGUUCAAGCAGAUCAUCUUCGAGGUGGACUCCGUGCGAUCCUUGUUGGAUGUCGAGGGUUUAGACGAGAGUCACACCAUGGAAAUCCUCAAGAGACUCAACAGAAUCGUCCUCAUUUUAAAGUUGCUGGUGGAUCAGGUGAUGAUCCUGGAGACUAUGACUCCCCUAGACUUCAUGGACUUCAGGAACUAUCUGCGGCCGGCGUCUGGCUUCCAGAGUCUACAGUUCCGUCUUCUAGAAAACAAGUUAGGUCUGAAGCAAGCCCUGCGCGUCAAAUACAACCAGAACUAUCAGACUGUGUUCGGUGAUGACCCUGAAGCCAUGGCGAAUUUACAGAAAUCUGAGCAAGAGCCAGCUCUGCUCGCGCUGAUUGAACGCUGGUUGGAGCGCACGCCAGGACUACAGACACACGGUUUCAACUUCUGGGGAAAGUUCCAGGCUGCCGUCAACAAACUUAUUAAAGAUGAUAUCGAGGCUGCCAUGCGCGAGCCGAACGAGUCAGUCCGGCGUCACCGGCUGCAGGACGCGGAGAACCGGCGCGAGAUCUACCGCUCCAUCUUCGACCCCGCCGUGCACGACGCGCUGCGCUCUCGGGGAGAGAGGAGGUUGUCCCACAAGGCCCUGCAAGGCGCCAUCAUGAUCACGUUCUACCGCGACGAGCCUCGCUUCUCGCAGCCACACCAGCUGCUCACACUGCUUAUGGACAUGGACAGCCUCAUCACCAAGUGGCGAUACAACCACGUGAUCAUGGUGCAGCGUAUGAUCGGCUCCAUGCAGCUGGGCACGGGCGGCUCCUCCGGGUACCAGUACCUGCGCUCCACGCUCAGUGACCGUUACAAAGUCUUCCUGGACCUAUUCAACUUGUCCACUUUCUUGCUCCCACGCUCUCUAAUCCCACCGCUGGACGAAGGUAUGAAGAAAAGCUUGAACUUAACUUGGGGAGACUCCGUAAAGGAAAAUGGCGAAAGCCACCAAAAUGGCGAGAAAUGUCAGAAUGGACAAAAUGGCGUCAACGGACUGGAAUCAUCGUUAUAGGGAACGUUUUGAUGUUUCAAAGUUUGAUUUUUUUAAGUAAUAGUUUGAUAAUUAAUUAAAGAUUUUUCGUUUAUUUCAAUAGGCUAUACGAAAAUAUAUAAUUUGUGCCCAUAGAUUUAAGUUAGAUAAUGAUUCUCCAGUGUUAAUUAGUGAAAUAGUUUUAAAUAAUAUUAAAAAUGCAUGACUAUCAAUAAAGAAAAUAAUAAUCAGCUGGUAUUGAUAAUAAUUAUUGAUAUUGUCAAUGUGUUAAUUAUUAUUUUUUUCUAGAACACUAAUCAAGCAUUUAGUUUCCGAAAAUAAACCGAAAUUGAAAAA